AUGGCUUCCCCCAAAAUGAGUCUGAAGCUUCUUGUGGACAAAAGAGGCCCAAGAGUGUUAUUUGCAGAAGUACCAAAAGAGUUUGUGGAUUUCCUUUUCCACCUAUUCUCAUUGCCUUUGGGCACCCUCAUUGAGUUGAUUGGAUCUAACCAGAUGGUGGGCUGCUUAGGAAAACUCAAAGAUAGCGUAGAAAGCUUCAAUGGAAACUACCUUCAACCAGGUAUUAAAAAGAAUGACAUCUUCCACCCCAAAACAGUUUUUAAUGGUGACACGUUUCUGUUGUCCUAUGAUCAUGCUUCUUCUCAUGAUCAGUCUGGUGCAUCUAAAGCUGUCUACAGAUGUGCCAAUGCAGCAACGAAUGCCUCUUAUUAUUGUGACUAUUGUUGUCGAGAUAAUGGUUGCAAGUUAAACGUGACACUACAUGCGAAUUCCAUGUGUCCUGAGUGCAGUUGCUCUAUGAAUGUUCCGAUGACACUCGUAAUGCCAAAGGAAGUGUUAGAAACAAAGGAACCGGUUAAGAAAAAGAAUGCCGGGUAUGUAAAGGAAGUGGUGACUUAUAUGGUGAUGGAUGAUUUAGUGGUUAAACCAAUGUCCACCAUUUCUAGCAUCACACUCAUCAAUAAUUUUGGUGUGAAAGAUCUUAGUCAACUUGAGGAGAAGAUGGUUUCUUUUGGAAAAGAUGAGGGUUUGAAGCUGUUAAUGGCAUCUUUGAAGACAGACAAAGUGCUGACAACUAUCUUUAUGCCUUAG